UAUUUGAUAUCUUUUUGUUGGCUUUUUCUGUAUAUUUGAGCAAAGUAAGUCCAUUGCUUGAUUGAGUCCACAGAGUUGCCGUCACCUUUAAGCACCUGUAGAUCCUUUAUAAUAUUAGGGCAGAUCUUGGGCAAAAGGUUUUGGUCUUUUUGUGUUCCAAAUCACCAUAUACCCAUUUGUGGAAAGGCUUCUUGGUCCUGUAAUGAUUCUUGCAUUGGAGGAUUAUCACAAUACCUCAGCUGUCAAGUUACCCGUUUAUAGCAAUGUUAUCGGGGUUCUCCUUCUACCUGAUGUUAAAUAUUGCAUCUGUGCUGAAGAAUGUCUUAUCUGUUUUUAGUGAGCAGAAGUUACCAUAACUUUAUCUUUUGGACAGUAUUGUAAAGAAUAUCGGAAGGGAUUUCAUAAAUAUUUUGCUGUCAGACUCCCUGAGGAAUCCCCUGCACUGUGAUCAAGAUAGACUUUUUACACAAUCUACUGGUGGAACUCAUAGUUUUAGCUUUGGAAAGACAUCGUGGAAUCACUCCUACAAUUCAAACAGCAGCUAAUCAAAGAAACUGAUCACCAAGGCAGAACUCCUCUCUUCUAUGCAGCAUCCCUUGGCCAACAUAGAACAGUUAAACGAUUACUAGAACUUGAUACUUCUAUUGCAUAUGUUUUGGACAAAGAGGGCCAUUCAUCAAUUCAUGUUGCAGCCAGCAAAGGUCAUACCUCUGUGAUUAGAGAGAUCAUCCGACAUUGCCCAGACUCGGGAGAAAUUUGUGACCUAUAUGGACAGAAUGCUCUUCAUAUGGCGAUCGUUGGUGGCAGAGCAAAUGUGGUCAGGUAUAUACUAGAAACACCAGAACUGGAGUGCCUCAUAAAUCAGCCUGAUGUCAUUGGAAACACGCCUUUGCAUCUCGCAACCACAGAAAGAAAGACUUGGAUUAUGUAUUACUUGAUGUGGGAUGGAAGAGUGCAUCAAAGUUCCAUGAACAAAUGUGGUCAAGCGGCAUUUGACAUUGAUAGGUCAACUAAGGAAUCCAGUAUUGCAUCUCCCAAGGAUGAGAUGAAGAAAAUGCAAGAUGAGAUUAGGGAGAAGUUGAUUCAAGAAGCUCCUGAGUGUACUGCACCUGAUUCGAUACAAGUGCCAUUAGAUGCUGAGUUUGGAAUCAUGGGUGAGAAGCUCGGGAGAAGGGGAAGAUCAAUCCAUGGUGUAGGUGUUUUUCCUUGCAUGGAGACCUCUAGCUCAUCCACUCCUUCUUCAAUGGCUUCAAGUUCUGAGUUGAGUGCAAUUUAUGAUCAGCUCAAGAUGCUAUCAACAAAUUUAGUCACUUUGCAAAAGGAGAAGGAAGAUUUGAGAGCCCAAUUGAGGUCUGUUUUGGCUGCAUCUCAUGGCCAGACCAGCACCAGCUCUAGAGGUAGUAAUGGUGUCCAUAUUGAUGAUGACUAUUAUGAUGAACUAGCAAACCAGAAUCUUGAUGAGAACUUAUUUAGGGAUUAUAUCCAUAUGGAACAUACACUUGCUCUCUAGACUUACUUUUGGUUGUACAAAGUCUAGAAUUAGUUUGGGAUCUUUAUUUUGGAACACACUUACUCUCUAGACUUACUUUUAGUUGUACAAAGUGUAGACUUAGUUUGGGAUCUUUAUUUUGGAACAUACAAUGUAAUUACCUACU